AUGGACUACUCAAUUCAAACUGGCUCGGACGCUUCAGUCCAACCGCACAUCCUCGAAUUCAUCAAAGAUUUCUAUCGUAUCUCCGAUACCUUCGGCGAGACCGGGAAAUAUGUCGACCAGUUUACGCCCAAUGCGACAUUCGUCGUGGCUUCAAAGAAAGCUUCAGGACACCCAGAAAUCACCACGCUUAGAGAAGGCAUGUGGGAUGCCGUCUCAGCCCGCAAACACACCCUUGACAAGGUCUUUACCUUCGGCAGUGCUGAUGAGGUCAUGCUGAAUGGCACUGUGGCUUUGGAAUUGAAGAAUGGCGGGAAAGCCGAGAUUGAGUGGGCGGGGAGGAUGGAGUUGGAAAAGGGUGCUGACGGAAAGUAUCGACUCAAGUUUUAUCAGGUUUAUCUUGAUACUGGUGCUGCUGCCGCUUAUAAGAAGUGA